GAUUCACCUCUCCACCCGCAGUCGCCUCACCUCAGCCUUCCUGUCGUUCUCAGAUUACCUUCCUCUUCGCCUAUCCCUGCACCCGCCCUUCCCUGCACCCGCCCCGCCCUGCAGCGUCUGCCGCUGCGCCAAUCAAGCGAGACCAGCUGCUCGUUUGGGAGAGCCUCGGGACUUCCGAAAUUGAGCGAAUCAGGGCGUGCCAGGUGGCAGUGGCGCGGGCGCUGUACACCGCCGUGAAGGAGAACUGCCUGGCCGGGCCGACAGGUGGCGCCAGCAAUGGCAGCAGCAGCAGCAGCAUGGGCAGCGGCGGGUUGUUUCUAUCGUCCUCCCCGGCCAAGAGCCUCUCCCUUGCCUCUCGCAAUCGCCUCGUCGCCUUCCUCUGCACACUCUUUGGCGGCCCUGUGGCCGAUCACCCCCUAUGCAACUUCACCCAACCUUCCUCUGGGCGGCAGUUGAAGGAUCAAGCAGAGCUCUUGGAAUACAUUCGAGCGACUCACCGCACUCCAUCUCGGCGCUUCUCUGCCGCCCAGCAGUCUCUCUUCAUCCAAAUCCUCAUCAUGGCACUGCAGUCAGUCGUGCAGAAGAUGCCAGAUGAUGCCGUCCAGGCUGCCACCCGUCUGCUGCAUGCCUAUGACGAUGCAGUCGUCUCCUUUGAUGCGUCUUCCUGCCCCCAAGCCGACUUCACAGUGCUGUGGGACUCGACCUCCUUCGCCCGGCGGGCCAUUGCGGACGGCCAGAGGGUCACGUGGGUGUGGAAUGACGACAAUUACCACGAGCUCAGAGGGCCGGUGAGCUCAGAGCCGUUUCUUGGGUUUGGAGCAGGGAGGCUCGGCCUAUCACGGCUUGCCACGUGUGCAUGGGACAACAUCGGGCCCAGAGAUGCGAUGGAUGAGCCUGCGCCAUGCGUGCUGCGGUCGCCUGGCGACAAGGCAGGGGCGCAUUUCACGUACACCAAGGUGUUUGGCACGGCGCAGGACAUGACCGUCAAGGACUCGCCGCAGUCGCUCGCCUCCACUCUCCUCCGCGCCACCCCCCACCCAGGUGCCACCCCUCGCCCAUGUGCCACCCCCCACCCAUGUGCCACCCCCCACCCAUGUGCCACCCCCCACCAUGUUCCACCCCCCACCAUGCACCAGUGGCACUGCCACGUGACAGUCACUCGCACACACACACAUGCAUGCACGGGCCAUCCGUCCUUCAAGCUGCCUCACCUCACCGUCGCUCUCCCCUCCCUCUGCAUGCGCUCUGCCAUCUCGCCCUCUGCCAUCUCGCCUUCUGCCAUCGCCCUCUGCCAUCGCCCUCUGCCAUCGCCCUCUGCCAUCGCCCUCUGCCAUCUCGCCCUCUGCCAUCUCGCCCUCUGCCAUCGCCCUCUGCUAUGGCCCUCUGCCAUGGCCCUGUGCUCUGCGAUGCUCAUUGCAACCAUCCCUGCAACGUGGCACUCUCUCACCCAUCCUCUCGCCUGUCUCCAUGCACUGCCCUCGCCCUGCCCACCCGCCUGCCCCCCAGCAGAGCCGCCACCAGCCACGUCUCUGCGGCCGUACGAGCAGCUGCUGGCCACGCGCUGUGCGCCCGCCUGUGCGCUGGCCAUGCUGGCCAAUGGCCGCUGCGACCCCGCAUGCAACGUGGUUGCCUGUGACUUCGAUGGGGGCGACUGCGCCUGCGCCGCAGCCGACGCUGCUGGGGCUGGCGGCAGCAGCAGUGGCAGCGCUGGAGCCGAUGUGCAGUGGUAUUGUGAUUCUCCAUCCUCCCCUAUUCUUCCCCCGCUGCCCCCCUCUGCUCCCUCCACCUGUGCUGUGCGCCACCCACCGGGGGGAUCUGGGUCAUGCAAUGUGUGCUUCCGUGCAACGUCUGCUUCCCCAUCCUCCCCCAUUCUCCUCCCCCUUCACGCCCCCCCCCCCUCCCCCCCCCCCUUCUCCCCCGAAUUCUCUCGACCUUCUCCCGCUUGCUCCACAGCGUGCUGUGAGGCGGCCGGGGUGGGAGAGGGCAUCAAGGUGCCCUUCAGGCUGCGCCGCUUCGGCUCCACCGUGCAUCCCCUCGACGCCACUCCCGCCACCAAUGCCUCUCUGCUGCCGCGCACUGUCUCCCAGUACAACAGUGUGCUGGUGGGGCUGGUCAUUGUGCAGUACCGCUGGAACUCUGACCGCUGUGGUAACAGCAGGUUCCACUUCCAGGACGCAUGUGUGGGGGGGGAGUCGUCGAGGGCGUUUGGGGUGAACCCGGUGUUCCUGCCGUCCUCGUCGCUCUACAACCCCAAUGUCGCCGUCAGCAACACCACUGCCUUCACCAACCAGCCCUUCGCCAACCCCUUUGAGCUCAACGCCAAGGGGCUGCCCUUCGGCUUCCAGCAGCUCGUGAGUCCCACCUCGCCUUCACCCAUGCGCACCACCUCCCCCUCCAGUCCAGACCCCUUCCUUCCUUUGCCCGGCAGCGGGCGCUUCCCGAUCGUGUUUGACGUGAAUCUGGACAACGCGGGGGCAACGCGGCGGCUGCAGUACUUGGUGGACGGCUUCUUCAUCGACAACUACACCCGCACCAUCCACGUUGGCCUCAUCACCCGCAAUGCCAACGAGCAUCUAUUCACGGCCACCAAGGCCACCCUGACGGUGCAGUCGGGCGGCAGCAUGGAGGCGUCAUUCCAAGUGCAGCCGGUGAACGUGGAGUACUACAACAUGAAUGAGAGCAGCAACGUGCUGCGCCUCGUGGUCGAGCUGCUCUUUGUGGCCGCGGUGGCGUGGAGCAUCGUGGAGGAGGUGAAGGAGAUGCUGUGGACGUGGAAGGUGCAGCGCCGCUCCUUCUGGCACUACGCAAGCAAGGGCUGGAACUGGGUGGACUGGCUCUCCAUCGCCCUCCAGAUCACCGCCAUCGCCAUCUGGAUAUCAGUGGCGGUGACGCGAGCACAGGGGUUCACCAUCCAGCCUCACUACGACAUCUACUACACGCUCGACGACAACCCGCGCUACUGGUCGCUGCCCAACCCACCCGUGGGCUAUCAGGCCGCCAUGUCAGCAGUGGACACGCUUGGCUUCGUCACCAACCUCUGCGCCGUCUACUUUGCCCUUCAGGGCAUCAAUGUGUUCAUCAUGGUGCUGCGCCUCUUGAAGCUGAUGGACUUUCAGCCCAACAUGGGCAUCAUGACUCGCUCCCUCCGAGUCGCCAUGCCGUCUCUCCUCCACUUCUUCAUUCUCUUCUUCGUUGUCUUCGUGGCAUACGCCACCUACGGCUACCUGGUGUUCGGGAUGACCUUAGUACAGUUCAGCACGCUGUGGCUGUCCCUGCAGACCUGCUUCUACAUGAUCGUAGGGCAGUUCGGAGUGUUCUGGUUCCAGCAGAUGGUGGGGUGGCAGUACGCGGCGGCCAUGGUGUUCUGGUUCUCCUUCGUCAUCAUCUUCUGCUUCAUCCUCUUCAACUUCCUCAUCGCCAUCAUCGUGGAUGCCUUCAUGGCCGUCAAGGAGUCGACGGAGAAAGCACCGGCAAUCUACCAGGAUAUGUACUUGAUUGUGGUGCGCUUCGUCCGCCGCGUGGCAUCGCCGUACACAAGGUACAGCCGCCUGCUGCGCCACCUCAUUCGCCUCGGAGCAGAGAACACCGCCAAUGCGGUCAUGGAGGUGAGCGGCCCGGCCAGGGAGAAGAGCCUUCAACAGUCCGGCCAGCAGUGCUUUGCGUCGAGCCUUCAGUGCGGCAAGGAGAUGAGAGGCAGCAAGCGUGAUACUGAUGGGGGCAGGCUGGAGGAUGCUGUUCGUGAUGGCAAUCCGGGGAUAAAUGGGGUGGAGGUGGUGGGAAGAGAGGGAAAAAUGGAUCCUUUUGAGGCGCAGCAACAAGUGUCAGCGAUGGUGGGAGCAGAUGAGACUAACUUAAGCCGGGCUGAGAGCAAGAAGGGGGUAUUGCCGAAUGGUGGGGUCGCCAAGUCCCAGGCAGCCGGCAGCACCAACACUCAGGUGGACGCCCAUGCUUCCACCACCCCUGCUGCUAAUCCUGGCAGCACCGCUGCAGGUGAUGCUGGCAGCACGGGUGGCAGCAUGGUGGAGCCGGCAGUGCAGAGGCGGCGGAGCUUCUGGCGGCUGAAAACGCUGGAUGAUUGGGAGACUGUGGUGGUGGUGGGGGAGAGGCAGCUCAACGCCCACUCGCUCUCUUCCAUCCUGCGCCGCGCACACGCCCGCAUGCGGCGCUCUCUCUCCGACGAGCAGGAGGGGGACCCCAUGGACGUGGCAGCGCUGGGGGCGGUGCUGCUGUCGGAGCUGGGGGAGAGCGCGCCGCCUGCCGACGCCACGGCUGCAAAUGGAGGCGAGGCGGCAAAGGAGGGCGACCUGCUGGCCAUGCAGCAGCACGUGGAGGCGCUGCGGGCCGACGUGGCCCGUGGCUUCGACCAAGUGAGGCAGCAGCUCACCACCCAAGUCCAGAGCUCCCAUUGCAACCAGUUGCCACAGGAAGCCAGUCCGAGCCUGCUCCCGAACCCGCUAGGCAAUGGUUCGGAGGAGGCUGGGCGAGAGGUGUGGCAGCAGGUUUUGAUGCAGGUGGAGAAGAUUCGGAAGGAGGCUCAGAAGGAGCGAGAAGAGGCUGAGGAGUUGUAA